AUGCCCUUACUCUUCAUAAUCUUCUUUUUCUUAUAUACUACAACUCUGCUUGGUAACAUUGGCAUCAUUUCCCUGGCCACAGCAGAUUCCCAUUUACACACUCCCAUGUACUUUUUCCUUCAAAAUCUAGCAUUUCUGAACCUUUGCUACACCACAGCUGUGGUCCCGAAAAUGUUGGCCAACUUAAUAUCCACCAAGAAAACGAUAUCCUAUCAUAUGUGUAUGGCACAAACCUAUAUAUCCCUCUUUAUGGGAGCAGAAGAAUGUGUCCUUCUAGCUGUGAUGGCUUUUGAUCGCUAUGUAGCAGUGUGUCACCCCCUGCGAUACACCAUAAUAAUGAACUACCAUGUCUGUGUGAGGCUUGCAGCUGGAUCUUGGAUUAUCAGUUUUCUAGUCUCUGUUGUCCCACUCUUCUUAUCUUGCCCUCUUUUCUGUGAGGCUCCUGUCCUGCUGCACCUGAUCUGUACCAAUACCUCCUUAAAUGAGCUUCUUAUGUUACUGGGGGGUGCAGGCACAUUAAUGUUGCCCUUCAUAUUGGUUCUGGUGUCCUAUGGCUACAUUAUUGGUGCUAUCAUCAGAAUCUGCACAACUAGUGGCAGGCACAAAGCCUUUUCCACAUGCUCGUCCCAUCUCACAGUAGUGACAAUCUAUUAUGGGACAGGCAUGUUCAUGUACAUGAGGCCCAAAUCCUUUUACUCAUCUGAGAAUGAUAAACUGAUUUCUGUAUUUUAUGCAGUCAUCAAUCCUAUGUUGAACCCUAUUAUAUAUAGUUUCAGGAAUAAGGAAGUCAAGGAAUCAUUAAGGAGAGCCUUUGGAAGGAAUACAUUGGCUAAGGCACACUAA